CAAGAGUCUCUCGUGAUGUCUUUGCAGGUCUGCGGGCCGUCGUUACAGCUGUGCCGUCGGUAUUCAGACUUGCCUCCUCUUACCCUGGAGGGUAUAAAAGAGCGUGUUUUAUACGUCUUGAAGCUGUAUGAUAAGAUAGAUCCAGAAAAGCUAACAGCUGAUUCCCACUUCAUGAAAGACUUGGGCUUGGACAGUUUGGACCAAGUGGAGAUAAUCAUGGCCAUGGAAGAUGAGUUUGGGUUUGAAAUUCCUGAUGCAGAAGCAGAAAAGCUAAUGUGUCCACAAGAGAUCGUAGACUACAUUGCGGAUCAGAAGGACGUAUAUGAAUAAAGACAUCUCUCUGG